GCCACCUGAUACAAUUCACAAUGGCUAAGAAGGCAGUAACCACUAGAGGGUUGAUGCCGAUCGCAUUUGAAUCUAACAGGAUGUGACAGAGUCGCCUUCUCCGUCUCCAUCCUAACAAUAACCCACGCCUAUCUACGGAGUAUUAAGGACCCCCCUGGAGGCGGCACUUGUACCUUGAAGAAUGAGGGAUUAAGACUAAUACUUCCCUGUCCAAUUUGUCCGUCAGAACCAAACCGGGAUUGCUGAGGUGGCAAACCGGUGCAUAUAUGAGAUAGAUGCUCGCUGUUGUCAUCUUCAUUAGCCACCUGCAUCUUCCUCCAUAUCGUCCACGUCUGCUGGCUGGGCUCCGAUCAACGUCAACGGCUUUCAUUCCAAGCAACACCCAAAACCCACCAUCCUCAAGAACAAUACCAACCAAUCAGUCACUAUAUACUUCUCCUUAUCAUGAAGACUCAAGGUGUCCUCCUCUUGACUGCCGCCCUCUGUGGCAGUGCGGCUAUCGCUGCUCCUGUUGCUGCCCCUGCCUAUGACCCCUGUGCUGGGAAGGUCACGUUUGGCGUCUCCAUGGGCUCAGUGGGCCAUUGUAUUCGCUCUGCCAUCCCUUCCAAGCAAACGUUAGAGAAACGAGGAGUUGAUGGCGACGAUGCCGUCGUAUAUGCAUGGAAGGUUCCGGAAGAGAAGGAGAAGCGUGAGGACGGCGAUGAUGCUGUCGUCUACUCCUGGAAAGUCCCGGAAGAGAAGGAGAAGCGUGAGGAUGGUGAUGAUGCUGUCGUCUACUCCUGGAAAGUCCCGGAGGAUAAAGAGAAGCGUGAGGACGGCGAUGAUGCUGUCGUCUACUCGUGGAAAGUCCCAGAGAAGGAGAAGCGUGAGGAUGGCGAUGAUGCUGUCGUCUAUUCCUGGAAAAUUCCGGAGGAGAAAAACUAGACUCCAACUUGUUGUGUUGACCAUGGCGUUGGAGAUGCGUAUUGCUGGAGGGUUGGUUGUUCUGCGCGAAUAUCUGUGUUCGGGUCUUGGGAAGCGGAGCAUAUAUUACAACAUUGAAGGAUGUCCCGAAUCUGUUCAGGGCUUACUUAUUUCACUGUUCCUUACUUGCGUUAGUGGAAAAUAGAAC